AUGUUUUAAUAAUUGAAUAUAAAAGGUUUUUUUAUUUUUUAAUAUUUUGAAAAAGUUUUUUUAACCUAAAAUAUAUUAGAUUUUAUUAUUGUUUUUUAUUAUAAAUAUCAUUCAUAUUUAUUUUUGUAAGUAAAUAAAUUAUAUGUAAAAAUAAAAAAAUAAAAUUUAGUUAAAUAAAUUAAUUCCUCUUAAACAGACCUUCCUGUUCCUUCAAAAACUAUCAAAUAAUUUAAAACUUUUAGUGUUAUAUUAUAUCUUUUUAAAUUAUAUAAAUUCGAAGCUUUUACGUGCCAGUUAUAUUUGAAUCUCAAAUAUUACCCAUCAAUUAUAUUUCUAUCCUUUUUUUAUUUACCAUGA